GCGAAAGGGACAGGACCACCUCAGCGAUCGCGAUCCUCUUCCUGUACAUCUCCACGUAUCUGCCGUAAUCAUGUACAGUCAGAUUCUCCACAUGGAUUCCGGAGUUACGGAACCACUGAUCCACGUAUGCGGAAGAAAAUGCUGCUGGCAACACCUGGGACCAUUUCAAGGACAUCUGCAGACAUUGCACAGACACCAGAGAAAAUGCUUCUGUUGGACGGCUGCGAGGACAAAUCAUUCGUGCCGACAUUGAGAAAAGGCUGGUCGACGGAUCGUAUAGAUCGCAUGAGUAUGGUGGCGUUUCCAGGACUAUUCACAAUAUUUAACAUUAUCUACUGGUCUUACUAUCUCAACUUGAAUGAAUAG